AUGGGUGCAGGCACAGGUUCCUUUCACACGCAGCUGCUGAAGGAAGGUGGUAACGAAAUGAAGGACACAUCGCGACCAACAACAAUUGUGAGUGGCAAUAGUGUCUAUAUGCUGCUGAGAAGCUGCAGCCGUGCAACAUUGGAGAGCAAAGAGGCUGAUCAAAGUGGAUGUAAGAUUGUGCUGGUGAAGGGGAGUGUCACUGAGGGUGAAGAGAAGAAAGUCCAGUGGAACGAGACCCAUGCAAUGUAUCCUAAACCUAGAGUUCGUGAAUCCUUGACUCAUUUAUCUGCUGUCGGAGGAUCAGGUACUGUGAUGAGUGACGGCGCAGUUGUGUUUCCCGUGCAGGCCACAAAGGAUGGUGGAGAGAACGUUUUGCUGGUCGUGCGCUUCACCCCGAUGUGGAAUAGAUGGACACCUGUAGUCGAUACGGAGGGUGAGGGUUGCCACAAUCCAUCGAUUGUGGAGUGGGGCGAAGUCUAUGACCGAAGCAUCUUUAUGAUGGCUCCCUGCACGGAUGGCUCCUAUCAUGUGUACAGGACUAUUACGACUUUUGAUUAUUGGUCUGGCAGUACGCCAAUUUCCCGCGUGUUGGGCAAUUCACGUGAUAGAAAAGGGGAGGGCGCGCGAAGUGGACUCAUCACUGCAACCAUCGAUGGAAAGAAGGUGAUGCUGCUCACCAUGCCGGUGUAUUCUGAGGAGAAGGGAGAGGGUCGGCUGCAUCUUUGGAUGACAGACAAUGCCCGUGUGCACGACGUUGGGCCGGUGUCGAGUGAAACUGAUGAUGCCGCCGCCAGCUCCCUGCUGUACAGAGCUGACAAGAAGGAGUUGAUUUUACUGUACGAGAAGAAGAGCGGAGAUUCAUACAGUCUUGUCGCCGUGAGCCUGACUGAGCAGCUGGAGCAGAUAAAGAGCGUGGUGAAGGCCUGGAAUGAUGUGGACACCGCACUAAAAAGCUGUGCUUCCACUGGCACUGUUGACCCGCGGAUAAAGAAUGUGUGUAAAAGUGCUGUUCCCACGGAAGGGCUGAUUGGCUUUUGGUCCAACAGUUUGGAGGGGAAUUUAUGGAAGGACGAGUACCUCGGAGUGAACGCAACGGUGCAUGGUGGGAAUGUGGCAGGCACGGAGGGGGGCGUGAGGUUCCAAGGCGCAGCAGCGGGGGCGGAGUGGCCGGUGGGCAAACUGGGGCAAUUCCAACCGUACUACUUUGUGAACAAAAAGUUCACUCUUGUGGCGACGGUGAUGAUUAACGCGGUGCCGGAGACAGACAGUCCUGUUCCUUUGAUGGGUGUGAGGAUGAAUGACAAUGCCAGCACUGUGCUUGUUGGUCUGUUCUACACGAAGGACAAAAAGUGGGGAUUGACUGUCAACGGAAAGUCUCGGGAGUUGUCAGAUGAAGAUGGUACGUGGCAGCCUGGCACAACGUAUCAAGUGGUACUGAAAAAGCUUGGGGAAUCGUUUUAUGUGUACGUUGACAAUAAUAAGCCUAUUCGGGAGAAAGUUCCGCUCUCUGAGUAUACCUCAUACGAUGUCUCGGACUUCUACGUUGGCGGCGACGAUGCGAAGGGGACAGAUGAGGUUGACGUGACGGUGGGCAAUGUCCUGUUGUACAACGAGGCACUUGAUGAUAAUAGGCUCACGAGCCUCAGUGCCAGCAAAGUCACACUUCCAACACCGGCUGCUGAGGGGCCACUCACAGCGCUGGGGAAUGAUGGGGAGAUUGCCUCUAACCUGGAACCUGGAGAAAAGAGGGUUGGUGACGGUUUGAAUCCUAAAGGGCCUCUACCAGAGGGGGCCCAUAAAGGCAAUCACAGUGCUGGUGAGGAGUCUGGGACUUCGCCGGCUUCGUCAUCGCCAAAGGUGCGCCUGGCUGAUGCACCCGACGAUGUCAGCAUGGCUGACGGUGGAUCCGAAAACACCAGCGCGAUUCUUGCGAAGGACGCACCCAGCAUUUCUCUUUCUGGUGACAGCUCCGUUGCUUUCGACAACCUUACACGUGUGAGGCCCGAUUCAGGAAGCGGUGACGGCACGAUGCGUGGGUGUGUGUCUCGGCUACUUCUGCUGCUAUUGGGGCUAUGGGGCUUUGCGGCCCUAUGUUGA